CCUCUCCCCCCGCGGGCGCUCCCUGCCAAGCCCAUGAUGUAAUGGUGUAUGUUAAUCAGUAGCAUGUGGGGAGCUCCGGCUUGGGCGGCUCAGUCCUCCGCGAGCCGACACUGGAGGCAGCGGUGGCGGCAGCGGCCCGGACUCGCAGCGCCGCACUCUCCCAGCGCCGCCCGCCCCGACGGCAUGGCCCGCAGCCCGGGCUCCGGGCGCCCCCAACCUCGCUGACAGCCGCCGCGGGCCCGGACCCGCGCGCGGGGCCCCGAGCCGCCGGGAUGAGCCGCGCCGAGUGGUGAUCGCCGCUCGGGAAUGCGGGUGUAAAGGGUCCGAGCUGCCGCCCAGCGGGAAAGAGACCCCGGGACGCCGGAAAUCACCAUCCUGAAGCCGUGAGAAGGGGGAGGGAAGAGAGCAUUCUUCAUUCAGUUUGUGUGCCUUGUGGGGAUUUUUUUUUAAAUCGUUAUAUUUUUUUUUAAAAAAAGAAACAUUUCCGUGCUACUGUCUGUCAUCAUCUCUGGGGAAAUCAGCCAGAACCACCGGAACGUAACUGAAACCAGACGAGAAAGGCAGCCGCCGAGGCAGUACCUGCAGCGUCCGAGCGCCAGAGCCACCUUGGAACCGGAACGCGCCUCCGGCGGCCGCGGGGCUGCGGCUCCGCCAAACUUUGGGGCGGGAGGGCCGGGCUGGGGCUCCGAGGGGCUUCGUAGACAGAGGGCCGCCCCCUAACCAUGAUGUUUCGCGACCAGGUCGGGGUGCUGGCGGGUUGGUUUAAGGGCUGGAACGAGUGCGAGCAGACUGUUGCGCUGCUGUCGCUGCUCAAGCGCGUGAGCCAGACCCAGGCCCGCUUCCUCCAGCUCUGCCUGGAGCACUCGCUGGCCGACUGCGCGGAGCUGCACGUCCUGGAGGGCGAGGCCAACAGCCCGGGAAUCAUUAACCAAUGGCAACAGGAAUCCAAGGAUAAAGUGAUUUCCCUCCUGUUAACUCACCUGCCUUUGCUGAAGCCAGGAAACCUCGACGCAAAAGUAGAGUAUAUGAAACUGCUGCCCAAGAUCCUGGCGCACUCUAUCGAACACAACCAGCACAUCGAGGAGAGUAGGCAGCUGCUGUCCUAUGCGUUGAUACAUCCGGCCACCUCGUUGGAAGACCGCAGUGCUUUAGCCAUGUGGCUGAAUCACUUGGAGGACCGCACAUCAACCAGCUUCGGUGGCCAGAACCGAGGCCGCUCGGACUCUGUGGAUUAUGGGCAGACACACUACUAUCACCAAAGACAGAACUCCGACGACAAGCUCAACGGGUGGCAGAACUCUCGGGAUUCUGGGAUUUGCAUCAACGCCUCCAACUGGCAGGACAAAAGUCUGGGGUGCGAGAACGGCCAUGUGCCCCUCUACUCCUCCUCAUCCGUCCCCACUACAAUCAAUACGAUCGGAACCAGCACAAGUACAAUUCUCUCAGGCCAGGCACACCACAGCCCUUUGAAACGAUCUGUGUCCCUUACCCCACCCAUGAAUGUGCCAAACCAGCCUCUAGGACAUGGAUGGAUGUCUCAUGAGGACUUGCGAGCUAGAGGACCCCAGUGCCUCCCAUCCGAUCAUGCCCCCCUGUCUCCACAAAGCAGUGUAGCCUCUUCAGGAAGUGGUGGGAGUGAACACUUAGAAGAUCAGACCACUGCUCGUAACACAUUCCAAGAAGAAGGUAGUGGUAUGAAAGAUGUUCCAGCCUGGUUAAAAAGCCUCCGCCUUCACAAGUACGCUGCGCUGUUCUCCCAGAUGACCUACGAGGAGAUGAUGGCCCUCACCGAGUGCCAACUGGAGGCUCAGAAUGUUACCAAAGGUGCAAGGCACAAAAUUGUCAUCAGUAUUCAGAAGCUCAAAGAAAGACAAAACCUCCUGAAGUCUUUGGAAAGGGACAUCAUCGAGGGGGGCAGCCUUCGCAUCCCACUCCAGGAGCUGCACCAGAUGAUCCUGACUCCUAUCAAGGCCUACAGCUCCCCGAGCGCCACCCCUGAGGCUCGCCGCCGGGAGCCCCAGGCCCCACACCCGGCUUCGCUCAUGGGCCCCGAGAGCCAGAGCCCCGACUGCAAAGACAGUGCCGCGGCCCCGGGUGCCACAGCCACCACCUCAGCCGGCGCCAGCGGCGGGCUCCAGCCACACCAUCUGAGCAGCUGUGACGGGGAGCUGGCUGUAGCCCCCCUGCCGGAGGGGGAUCUCCCCGGGCAGUUCACGCGUGUCAUGGGGAAAGUGUGCACACAGCUCUUGGUCUCCAGACCCGAUGAGGAGAAUAUAAGUUCCUAUUUACAGCUCAUAGACAAGUGUCUAAUUCAUGAGGCAUUUACAGAGACGCAGAAAAAAAGAUUGUUGUCAUGGAAACAGCAGGUGCAGAAGCUCUUUCGGUCUUUCCCUCGGAAAACCCUUCUAGACAUAUCAGGAUAUCGACAGCAAAGAAAUCGCGGCUUUGGGCAGUCCAACUCCCUCCCGACGGCCGGCUCUGUGGGCGGCGGCAUGGGCAGACGGAACCCACGCCAGUACCAGAUCCCUUCUCGGAACGUCCCUUCUGCCCGCCUGGGCCUCUUGGGCACCAGCGGGUUCGUCAGCUCCACCCAGCGCAACACCACAGCCAACCCCACCAUCAUGAAACAAGGAAGACAGGUUUGUUCUGCACCGGAGAGGAGGGUGGGCAGCCAAGCUCAGCGCCCGAGCCUGCAGGAUGUUUCCCCAGAUGACCCCAAGAACCUCUGGUUUGCCAACCCCGGGGGCAGCAACAGCAUGCCAAGCCGCACCCACAGCUCCGUGCAGAGGACCCGCUCGCUGCCCGUGCACACUUCUCCCCAGAACAUGCUGAUGUUCCAGCAGCCAGAAUUCCAGCUUCCCGUGACUGAACCUGACAUCAACAACAGGCUGGAGUCCUUGUGCCUCAGUAUGACCGAGCACGCCCUGGGAGGUGAAUGUGUAUUCCUCUGGGAGGAAUAGGAAGAAAACAGGAAUGUUAAUAGCGUCCAACAGAAGACUUCCUCCCUUAUUAAUAUAUAACCCUCAUGUAUUUAUGCCUAAUGUAAGCUGACUUUUAAAGAGCUUUCUUCUGUUGCAUGCCCCAUGCAGGCAUCUCUAUUGUACAUGCAUGCCUUUUGUCCUGUUUUCCUGUAUAAAGUUAGUGAACAAAGAACUAUUUUUGCCUAGUUCAUGUUGCCAAGCAAUGCAUAUUUUUAAAAUUUGUCAUAUAUGGAAAUAGCAUGUUUGUUACAUGUAAAAGCUUUACUGAUACACAGAUAUACUAAUGUUUGGAGAUGCUGUUCUUUGCAAGUGUACAGUUUUCAAAUGUUGUUACCAGUGAAACACCCUUGUGGUUUAAACUUGCUACAAUGUAUUUAUUACUCAUUUCCUCCCAUGUAACUAAGAAUCAUGGCUAUAUUUCAUAUCAACGUUAUAUUGAAAGUGAAGGGAAAUGAUUAAUACAAGGUUUUGUAACA